AUGGCCAGCGGUAGGGCUCCAGGUCGUCAUCCCGCCGCUGGCCGGGAUGAUGACCUACUGCAGUUGGAGGAAUCGGCCCCGAUUUACAACACAGGACGGCCUCCACCGGUCAACGACGAGAGACUCUUGCGACAGUACAACAUCGACGAUACCGACCCUUCUCAACCUCGUCCUUCGGUAUCUUACGAUAAUUUUGUCGGCGGAAGAGUCGAACCGCAAUCCGGUGCCCAUGCGAUGGGUUCCGCGCCUCCCCCGUCGGGAGCCGGCGUCUACAUGACCGAUCCCUACUCCGGGCACGAUGUAUCGCGAACCUAUUCGCAGUCCUCGGGGCUGGAUAACUACCAGCGGUAUUCGGUCGACGAGUAUGAUGACGACCGGAACAUGCAUGGGUACUACGAUAUGACGGGCCAGGACCCGAUGGAGGGGGACUCUCGCAUGCGGCAGGCGAAGGACCGGAAUAGCAUACUGAGUCUGGGCGGCGGGAUAAUGGGCAGAGCGAAGCAUAUGUUGGGGAUGAAGCCUGAGUAUUCCGAGAUGGACCUUCCCCUGACCGAGUCCGGGGCGCGAGCUGCGCGUGCCGACAGUGCGGUUUCUGAGGAGGCGGCGGCACCGAAGAAGUCGAAGAAACCGUCGUUCAAGUUUGGCUUUGGUCGUGGAAAGACUGACCCAUCUUUGCUCGGUCCUCGUGAGAUCAUGCUGAACAACCCCCCGGCGAACGCCGCGCACAAGUUUGUCGACAACCACGUGUCAACAGCCAAAUACAACAUCAUCACCUUCCUCCCGAAGUUCUUAUACGAGCAGUUCUCGAAAUAUGCAAACUUAUUUUUCUUAUUCACCGCCGUGUUGCAGCAAAUCCCUAAUGUUUCGCCAACGAAUCGGUAUACUACAAUCGGACCGUUGGCGAUUGUGUUGAUGGUAUCAGCUAUUAAGGAAAUGUUUGAGGAUUACAAACGGAGAACGUCGGACAGGUCGCUGAAUUACUCCAAAACACAAGUUCUCAAAGGAUCCGCAUUUCACGACACUAAAUGGGUUGAUGUGUCUGUGGGAGACAUCGUCCGUGUUGAGUCCGAGCAGCCGUUCCCAGCCGACUUGGUUCUCUUGGCCUCUUCGGAACCAGAGGGCCUAUGUUAUAUCGAAACGGCAAAUCUUGACGGCGAGACUAACCUCAAAAUUAAGCAAGGUAUCCCGGAAACUUCGCAUUUGGUCAGUCCGGCAGAUCUCAGCCGGCUCAGUGGCCGCCUACGUUCUGAGCAGCCCAACAGCAGCCUGUAUACAUACGAAGCUACUUUGACCAUGCACGCCGGAGGAGGAGAAAAGGAACUACCGUUAGCACCAGACCAACUGUUGCUUCGAGGAGCAACGCUUCGGAACACCCCAUGGAUCCACGGCAUUGUUGUCUUCACCGGCCACGAGACGAAGUUGAUGCGAAACGCUACCGCCACACCCAUCAAGCGGACUGCUGUGGAGCGCAUGGUUAAUAUCCAGAUUUUGAUGUUGGUCAGCAUUCUCAUCGCACUAAGUGUGGUCAGCUCCGUUGGCGACUUGAUCAUCCGCCGGACCGAAAAGGACAAGCUCAUCUACCUUGACUACGGAAACACAAACCCCGGAAAGCAGUUUAUCAUGGAUAUAUUCACCUACUGGGUCCUUUACUCCAACCUUGUUCCUAUAUCGCUCUUCGUUACCAUCGAAAUUGUGAAAUAUUCACAGGCAUUGUUGAUCAAUUCUGACCUCGACAUCUACUACGAUGUGACUGAUACGCCAGCUACUUGCAGAACAUCCUCGUUAGUUGAAGAACUUGGUCAAAUCGAGUACAUUUUCUCCGACAAGACUGGUACCUUGACUUGCAACAUGAUGGAGUUCAAGGAGUGCACGAUUGGCGGUAUUCAAUAUGGAGAGGAUGUCGCAGAAGAUCGGCGUGCUACGGUAGAAGACGGAGUUGAGGUGGGCGUACACGAUUUCAAGAAGCUCGGUGAAAACCUGGUGUCUCACCCCACCAAAGAUGCAAUCCACCAUUUCCUUACUCUGCUUGCCACGUGCCACACUGUUAUUCCUGAAAGAUCCGAAGCGGACCCGACUAAGAUCAAAUACCAAGCCGCGUCUCCCGACGAGGGGGCUCUUGUUGAGGGUGCGGCUCAAAUGGGUUAUCAGUUCAGCAACCGAAGGCCUAGGUCUGUGAUCAUAACAGUGGCAGGACAAGAGUACGAGUACGAACUACUAGCAGUAUGUGAAUUCAAUUCCACCAGAAAGCGUAUGUCGACCAUCUUCCGAUGCCCAGAUGGACGCAUUCGCAUCUACGUCAAAGGUGCGGAUACCGUCAUCCUCGAGCGCCUUAACGAAGACAACCCCAUUGUCGAAUCGACAUUGCAACAUCUCGAAGAAUAUGCGUCAGAUGGCCUUCGUACUCUUUGUUUGGCCAUGCGUGAAGUCCCCGAGGACGAAUUCCAGCAGUGGUACCAAAUAUUUGACAAGGCAGCCACAACAGUCAGUGGAAACCGUGCAGAGGAGCUCGAUAAAGCGGCCGAGCUUAUUGAGAAGGAUUUCUAUCUCCUUGGUGCUACUGCUAUUGAAGAUCGACUUCAGGACGGCGUCCCUGACACCAUUCAUACCUUGCAAACCGCGGGUAUCAAGGUCUGGGUUCUGACUGGUGACAGACAGGAAACCGCCAUUAACAUUGGCAUGUCCUGCAAGUUGAUCUCGGAGGAUAUGACGCUUCUGAUUGUCAAUGAGGAUAGUGCGGAGGCUACCAGGGACAACUUGACCAAGAAGCUCCAGGCCGUUCAGAGUCAAACCGAACCCGAACAGCUUGCCCUGAUUAUUGAUGGUAGAUCUCUGACGUUUGCCCUUGAAAAGGAUAUGGAAAAGUUGUUCCUUGAUCUUGCUGUCCAGUGUAAGGCUGUUAUUUGCUGUCGUGUUUCACCACUUCAAAAGGCUCUCGUUGUCAAACUUGUUAAACGCCAUCUUAAAGCUUUGCUUUUGGCUAUUGGUGACGGUGCCAACGAUGUUUCUAUGAUCCAAGCGGCUCACGUUGGCGUUGGUAUCAGUGGUGUCGAAGGUUUGCAAGCCGCAAGGUCCGCCGACGUUUCUAUCGCUCAGUUCCGCUAUCUUCGCAAACUUCUUCUCGUUCAUGGAGCUUGGAGUUACCAUCGGAUUAGUCGCGUCAUCCUUUACUCAUUCUAUAAGAAUAUUGCGCUUUACAUGACACAGUUUUGGUACUCUUUCCAAAAUGCAUUCUCUGGUGAAGUUAUUUACGAAUCAUGGACUCUUUCGUUUUACAACGUCUUAUUCACCCUGCUACCCCCGUUUGCGAUGGGUAUUUGUGAUCAGUUCAUCUCCGCCCGUCUCCUAGACCGAUACCCUCAGUUGUAUCAACUCGGACAGAAGGGAAUGUUCUUCAAGCGCCACAGCUUCUGGUCGUGGAUUGCCAACGGCUUCUACCACUCUCUCCUGCUAUACAUCGUCUCUCAACUAAUCUUCUACUCCGACCUUCCGCAAGGUGACGGUAAAGUCAGCGGCCACUGGGUCUGGGGUUCGGCACUAUACACCGCCGUGUUAGCUACUGUUCUUGGGAAAGCAGCACUGAUCACAAACAUUUGGACGAAAUACACGUUCAUUGCCAUCCCGGGUUCGAUGGUCAUCUGGCUUGUGUUCCUUCCAGCCUAUGGUUAUGUGGCACCGUUAAGGGGCUUUUCGGAAGAAUACUACGGCACCAUUCCGCGUCUGUUCACCUCCCCCAUCUUCUACUUGAUGGCGAUCGUUCUCCCCUGUAUCUGUCUCCUCCGCGACUAUGCCUGGAAAUACGCCAAGCGGAUGUACUACCCACAACACUACCACCACGUCCAGGAAAUCCAGAAAUACAAUGUCCAGGACUACCGUCCGCGUAUGGAGCAGUUCCAGAAGGCGAUCCGGAAAGUACGACAGGUGCAGCGCAUGCGCAAGCAGCGCGGUUAUGCAUUCAGUCAGGCCGACGAGGGUGGGCAGAUGAAGGUCGUCAAUGCUUACGAUACCACGAGAGGAAGAGGGCGAUACGGAGAGAUGGCCAGUUCGCGGAACUUGGUAUAA